AGUGGCGCACUGAAUGGCACGGCUGUAAAGAGGCAGGGCUGGGAGGCAGAGACACACGACACAGGUCUGCUCGGCAGAGGAGGAGGACUCAGUUCACAGCCAGCCUGCGGUGGAAAUAAACGCUGCGUGUCCUACUCUAAACCGCAGUUUUGUAUCGGUGGCGAGUCGCGUUGAAGAAACAGAAAGGCGCACUGUGAGGACUGCAGCAGCCGCUCAGACGGGAAUAUUUCCACAAGACUGCGCAGAAGAAGAAGACGAUUACUAAGGUCCUGUGACAACUCCUGAUGAUUGCUCAGCCUGACAAUCAAGAGCUGCUGCCCUGAUUGCUGCUCGUCAGGCACAGCUUUUCAUUAAGCAAGAUGUCAACCGCCACAGAAAAUGGGACGGGAGGGAAUCGGAGCUCAGAGAAAACCUACAAGAAGACCACAUCCUCGGCGUUAAAGGGAGCCAUUCAGCUCGGUAUUGGCUAUACAGUGGGAAACCUCACCUCCAAGCCUGACAGAGAUGUUCUUAUGCAAGACUUCUAUGUGGUGGAGAGUGUCUUUCUGCCCAGUGAGGGAAGCAACCUGACUCCAGCACAUCACUAUCCUGACUUCCGCUUCAAAACGUACGCCCCGCUGGCCUUCCGCUACUUCAGAGAUCUGUUCGGCAUCAAGCCAGAUGACUACCUGUACUCCCUGGUAAAUGAGCCUCUGAUUGAGCUGGUCAACCCCGGGGCCAGCGGCUCUCUCUUCUACCUGACCAGCGACGAUGAGUUCAUCAUUAAAACCGUUCAGCACAAGGAGGCCAAGUUUCUCCAGAGGCUGCUACCUGGAUACUACAUGAACUUGAACCAGAAUCCACGCACUUUGCUUCCCAAGUUUUACGGCCUGUACUGCAUCCAGUCUGGAGGCAUCAACAUCCGAUUGGUGGUGAUGAACAAUGUGUUGCCUCGCUCUGUCAAAAUGCACUACAAAUACGACCUGAAGGGAUCCACCUAUAAGAGACGAGCGUCCAGGAAAGAGAGAGAGAAGGCCUGUCCGACCUACAAAGACUUGGACUUUCAAGACAUGCACGAGGAGGGGCUUUACUUUGACGCAGAGACUUACAACAACCUCAUGAAGACUCUGCAGAGAGACUGUCGGGUGCUUGAGAGUUUCAAGAUCAUGGACUACAGUCUUCUGCUGGGCGUGCACGUCCUGGACCACAGAGAGGGGGGCGAGCAGGGUCAGGCAGGGGGUGAUGGGAGGAGACCCGUGGCUCAGAGGGUGCUUUACUCCACCGCCAUGGAGUCCAUUCAAGGAGACGGCAAAGCUGCUGAGGCCCUCACCACUGAUGACACGAUGGGCGGCAUCCCUGCCCGGACACACAAAGAUGAAAAGCUGCUCAUCUACCUGGGCAUCAUAGAUAUUCUACAGUCAUACAGGUUCAUUAAAAAGUUGGAGCACUCAUGGAAAGCCCUGGUGUACGACGGUGACUCUGUCUCAGUCCACCGGCCCGGGUUUUACGCCAGCCGCUUCCUGAAGUUCAUGAGCACACGGGUCUUCAGGAAGACUCAGCCAAUUCGAUUCUCCCCUUCAAAGAGGACCCGCACUUCCAUCCCUGCUCUGAAGUCGUGCUCACAGGAGAUCCUUUCAUCGCAGGCGGAUGAGAGGAACGAGGAGGACAGGAGGGACCGGCUGGUAGGAGCGCGCAGCCUCGCCAGCCUGGAUGGACAAGCUGUGUUCGGUUCAUAUCUGCGCCCCGACAUUGUCCCAGCCAACCCGUCCUUCUACGAGGGCUCCUCCAUGGGAACCAUCUCCACCUCCUCCAUCUUUGUAAACGUGGAAAACCAAACAGAGGACAGGGAUGACGUCGCAUCCAGCUCCACCUUCACCCUGGAGGACAGUGCCAUCUGCCUUACUUCGGAGCAGAGCACCAUGGACGUGGACAUGGAUCGAGAUGACGGAUCGGUUCUUGACGUCUACCUGUGAAAGGAGCAGCUUUACAAACAUUCAUUUUGUCCUGCCAAGCAUAAGACAAUCGCCACACCCCCAUUGGACAGGCCAUGCUGGUGUUUGACUCACUUUCAGUGCUGCUAGAUCCAUGUUGCCACUUGUCUUUGCCAACACAUCAAAAAAAGUACUGAGAUUCCCACUGGUUGUUGGACUGAAAGUCAAAGUGAAGGAGAUCUGCAAGGAACCAUGCAACAUACCGUGUCACGUGCUGUACAUCAGACUGAGCUUUCAGAACAUGCGUCAACGCAGCAACACCAUUAGGUUUUAUAUGUGUGUACUGUUUUCAAGGCCUACAAAACAACUUCAGCAUAUUUGAGGAGACGGUAGAUGCAAACCAUUCAUGUGUUUAGAUGUUUUGUUUGGGGUUUUUUUUUUUUUCCUGCUGUUCAGAAAGACAUGAAGGACACUUUUACGAUUCGCGACUGCCUUAGUUGCUGUUAAAAUGAGAAAUGUUUACACUGAAUUUAUAGUGGCAUCUUUGUCCCCGAUGAGGAGGGACGCCGCGUUGUCACACAAAGGAUACAAGUCGGUUUGUAUCCGCAUCCAACACGUACCAGGAGAGACUCCUAUGAACAGACUCGAUACUGAAGCUGCCGAGGCCAAACCCGCGGUGCGAUCCGGUUUAAGCGGUCAGCAUUUUUUCCUAACUGUGCCGCCCGGAGAGGAACGUGAAGCCGUAAAGUGAAGCGAGCAAAGACUGGCCGAGCCUCGGCUGAAGCAUGGAGCAGGAGGACGAGGCACUUCUGACAUGUCAUGAUUUCUGUAAGACAGAUUUCUCCGAGGACACUGCUUUAGGCGGGUGGGCUACCUGACAUAAGCACAGAUGUGUGAACAUGCACUUUUUUUUUAAAUCUUUAUUAUUGAAAUGCACACUUGUUUUGUCAUUGACACUACAUGUACAAAGACAAUGAAGCAACACUGUAGAUAUUUUUUUUUCUGUUUGAUGUGGAACUACUAGUUUCAUGAGGUUUCGUCAUGACUGAAGAUGCUUUUACUCAGGAUAUCCUUUGAUACUGAAUAAGUAUGUCCUCUUCAAGUUCAAGUUCUGAGACACGCAUUCUUACACUCUGGGGCGGUCCAGUACCUCUCCAUCAAAAUCAUAUCCAGCUAUAAAUGUUUGAACUCCACGGUCACGUCAGUUGAGACCAUAAUUUAUUAUGUAAAUCCCAAUAUUUUACCAUUUGCUGAAGAUAUACUUUCAUCGCUGAAUGUAUAGACAAUGCGUAUUUAUAUAAAGAAGAGACUCCUAUAAAUAAAAAUUUAAAACUCUG